AAUGGUGAGUAUGAUUUUGGUGGCAGACAUUUGCAAGGAGUCACAAAAACAGAACUUUAGUCUCAACACCCCAAUAACAUUGGACAGCGGUAGAAAGCACCGAAUCUGUGGGGAAAUCCCUGCAAACGAGGUUGACCAUUUGGCAGAUAAGAGGGAGACGGACAAAGGAAAUGAAAAAAUUGACACAAUGGAAGAGGCCAGACGUAGAAACAGAAACAAGAAUUUUCCUUUGAUCGGAAAGAUAUCACGGAAAGAUUCUAAGGUCUUAAAGUUCUUAUUUGGGAAGCCAAGGAAAGGAGGACAUGAGUCCAGGGAAGAAGUUGCCCGCAGUGGGGAUUUUGGGGUGUCCCUUGAGGAUAUCCAUUGUCUUUGCCCGACCGUCUCAGUUUCUUUGAAGGUCAUAAACAUUUGGGCAGCGUACUUGUGUCAGACCAACUCCGACUCAUGGUUCUUGCCUACUUCCUUUGGGGAACAAGCCAGGUUAAAUGAGGAUCCAUUUGUUGUCCCUGUUUCAGUGGCAUCAACAAUUGUUCAUUGUCGGCUGCAGAGGUUCCAUAGGCGAUUAAAGCAUUGUGUUCAGGUGAUUAAGGGUUAAUUCAGUUGCUUCGACCAAUUUAUAGGCAAUUUGCAGAUAAUCAAAACGCAGAAAUAUUUUCUGCUAACACAUUGCUUGUUAUUCUAGGAACAAGUCUUCUCACUGCUAGGGCUGGACUGUCCAUGGCACUGGGAGCAUUUUUGGCUGGUUUGCUUCUUGCGGAAACUGAAUUUUCCUUACAGGUUCAGUCAGACAUUGCUCCAUAUCGCAGCCUUCUAUUGGGUCUCUUUUUCAUGACGGU